AUGUAUCCUAUUCCUUCUCUCCCUUACAAGGUCAAAAUUGCUCCUGGUACGGCCAUUCAUCCCGAGGCUGCUAAGGAUGUGCUCCUCUUUAAACCUUCCACCAUUCGCUCUGUGACUCUCAAGAACCGUAUUGUUGUCGCUCCCAUGUGCAUGUACUCAAGCAUUGAUGGUGCUAUGAAUGAUUUUCAUCUUGCUCACUACUUGUCGUUUGCUGUGCGAGGUGCUGGUUUGAUCAUUAUGGAGGCUACUGCUGUUGAACCACGAGGUCGUAUUUCUCCUAAUGAUUCUGGUCUUUGGAAGGAUGAACAAAUUGCUCCCAUGAAGCGUGUUGUGGAUGCCAUCAAAUCUCAAGGUGCUGUAGCUGGUCUUCAAAUUGCUCAUGCAGGUCGUAAGGCAUCUAUGGGCUCCCCAUUUGCUGGAUACCGCCUUGUCCCUGAAUCGGAAGAAGGAUGGGCCAGCGAUAUUUGGGGUCCUUCUGAAUUGCCUUUUGACGAAAAACAUGGCAAGCCUCAUGAAUUAAGCAAGGAGCAACUCAAGGUUCUCGCUCAAAAGUGGGCCGAUACCGCUGUACGUGCUGACAAGGCUGGUGUUGAGGUGCUUGAAAUCCAUAGUGCUCAUGGCUACUUGCUGCAUAGUUUCUUAUCAGGCAACUCCAACAAGCGCACUGACGAGUAUGGUGGAUCCCUUGAAAAUCGUAUGCGCUUUCCUCUUGAAGUAGUACGUGCUGUACGUGCUGUAUGGCCUGAACACAAGCCAUUAUGGCUUCGUUUUUCGUCAACCGAUUUCAAAGAUAUCGAUCACUUUGCUCAUGACAAGGAUGGUUGGGAUGUGUAUCAAGCCAUUGAGUACGCCAAAGAGCUCAAAAAGAUUGGCGUUGAUGUUAUUGAUUGCUCUGCUGGUGCCAAUUUAUCAGGUGUCAAGUAUCCUACUGCUCCUAAUUUCCAAGUACCUUUUGCCGAAGCUGUCAAACGUGAUGCUGACAUCCCUACCGGUGCUGUUGGUAUGAUCACCGAACCUCGUGAUGCUGAAAGGAUCCUUCAAGAAAACAAGGCUGAUUACAUCCUUCUUGCACGAGCGUUUUUGCGCGAUGCCAACUGGACCUUGCGUGCUGCUCAAGAGCUCGGUAUUCGUGUGAAAUGGGCUGGUCAAUACGAGCAUGCUGACAAAGAGCAUUGGGUUGGCAAGAAUGGUGCUUUGGUUGAUUCGCUUCUACCCGAUCCAGCGAACGUGUGA